AUGCGCCAGAGCGCCAUCCAGGCUGGGGGCGCAGCCCGCGCCGAGGCGAAAGCGGCCCUCCGCUCGGGGCUUACGCCCGGGAGUGGACGUCCUGAUUUGCACGACGAGGACAAGUUGAUUGCUGCGCUGCCGCCGCGCAGCACCCGCCGCUUUAGUCUGCGCACCGCGCCCGCGACGCUGCUGCGCGAUUUCCAGGGCCAGCAGGGCUGCGCCAACUUGUCCGAGAGGCUAGGAACUGAAUGGCGCGGGGUGGAGACGGAUGGCAGGCUUCUGUUGCUCGAUGAACAUUGCCGCUCGCCGACGCGGUUCUUCGCCAUGGACGACCUGUCCGUCCACCUGGUGUGGGGCUUCCUGCCGCUCCCGUGCGUGGGCAGGGCCGUGCCGGCGGCCUGCAGGCUGAUGCUGUGGCUGCGUGAGGAGUGGCAGGCGUGGCAGGCCUUCGCGCAGCCCCUGCGUCGCCCUGGCAGGACCAUCCGCAUCGCCCGACUGCUCCGCGCCGGCGAGCGCGGCGUGGAGCACCUGGCGGGCUUGGCCGCCGUCCUGGAGGAGGCCGCCCUGCGCGGCUUCAGCGGCGCGCCGGCCCCGGGCGGCAGCGGCCGCCUGGCCCUGCAGUACGGCGAGCUGGCGGUGCCGCGGGUGCAGUGGUCGCUCCACAGCGAGGGCCUGUCGCCCUGGCGCGGCGUCUGCUCGCUGCCCCUGGACGCCGAGUGGGCGGUGCUGCCGCCGUGGCGAAAGGCGGUCGGAGGCGGUCUGCGGGCCUCCCUGCUCCUGGGGGUCAGCCUGUGGCUCCCGCCGGAGGGGGUGUCCGUGGCGGACUCCUUUCCCGGGCUCAUGCUCAGCGUGACCUUGCAGGAGCCGGAGCUGCUCGAGGCCCUGGCGGAGCGCUCGCCCUCCGAGCCGCCCUGCCUGGCCGCGGCCUGCGACGCGCUGCUGGUGCGCGGCGGCGGCCGGGCGGGCGCGGCGGGGCCGCCGGCGCUGGAGGAGUGGCGGCUGCGCUUCUGCUUCGGGCCGCAGGGCCACCGCCACGCUGGGCACGGCGACCUGGAAGGCUACCGCGCGGAGGUCAGACAAAUGGGCCGCAAGCGGUGGCGGCCCCCCGACCUGUGCUACACCCCGUCCUGGGAGCAGCCGUGCCCUGGUGACGCCGGCCUGCGGCUGCUGCUGCGGGGUCGGCGUUGCGAUGGGCUGCUGGAGUAA